AUGUAUGGAUUUUCCAAGAUUGAAAGAGAAGUUCUGAAGGCAAUUCCAAAUCCUGAAAGCCCCAAACCUCAAGGUGUGGCUCCAGUGCCCUCCAGUGAAUUGGCCCGUUUCGUCUACGAUUAUGCCAAGAAAGAGCUUCCUCCAAAAACCUUCAACCACUCACUUCGAGUGUAUCUGUAUGGAGUAGCUAUUAUGAACGACCACUUUCCCAAAUGGUCGUUGGAUCCAGAAGUUAUCUUUGUAACUUCAAUGCUUCAUGAUAUUGGAACCACCGACAAGAAUAUGGCUGCAACAAAGAUGUCGUUUGAGUUUUGGGGCGGCAUUCUUUCACGGGAUCUCAUCUUAGAACAUACCAAGGGAAACCAGGAGUAUGCCGAUGCUGUAGCUGAGGCUAUCAUUCGUCAUCAGGAUCUUGGAGAAACUGGUUAUAUCACCACUUUGGGGCUCAUUACUCAGAUUGGAACCAUUCUUGAUAAUGUGGGACUUUACACCCAUCUCAUUCAUGAAGACACUUUGGAUGCUAUAAACAGACAGCAUCUGCGUGACGGGUGGCUCUCGUGCUUUGCUGGAGCCAUUGAGAAUGAAAACCGCAAAAAGCCUUGGGGACAUACGUCCAAGCUUGGAGUGGAGCAGUUUCCCAAGGAUGUGAUGAACAACAAGGUUCGGUACCAAAAGAUGUGA